CAGAAGAGAAAACCCUUUUACAAAAGCAAAAAAAAAAAAAAAAGACAAACAAAGAAACAGGAGAAAACGCAGAAACAAAGGAAAACGGAAGAAAAUGGGUGCUUCUCAAUCAGUCUCUGAGAAGUCCAUUCAUGAAUUCGUGGUCAAGGAUGCCAGAGGGCAAGAUGUAGACCUAAGCAUAUACAGGGGAAAGGUUCUUCUUGUGGUCAAUGUUGCUUCCAAAUGUGGUUACACAGAUUCAAAUUAUACCCAGCUGACGGAGCUUUACAGCAAGUACAAGGACAAAGGAUUUGAGAUCUUGGCUUUUCCAUGUAAUCAGUUUUUGAAUCAGGAACCUGGAUCGAGCCAGGAGGCACAGGAAUUUGCCUGUACAAGAUUCAAAGCUGAGUAUCCAAUAUUCCAAAAGGUAAGUGUGAAUGGCCCUGAUACGGCACCCGUCUAUAAGUUCCUUAAAGCCAGUAAAACUGGAUUUUUGGGGUCCAGAAUAAAGUGGAAUUUCACCAAGUUCUUAGUUGACAAAGAAGGUCGUGCCAUCAAACGCUAUGGCACGACGACUACGCCCCUGGCAAUUGAGGCAGAUAUAAAGGAAGUACUGGGAGAGGUUUGAGUGAGGUUAUAGUGAAUUUGGAUCAAGCUUAGUCCCUUCAACUAGAGACAUUAUUAAGCAAAUAUCGUGUUGCAAUGUCUUCAGAUUUCGAAAUUGUAUAAUCUUAUCUUUAUUUGGGUUGACACUUGACAGAAGAUGGCUAUAUUUAUACAUUGAGACUGAUUAUGUAUGGACUUUCUGGUUGGGUCA